AUGUUAUCUAAAAUUCCAGAAACUCUGUUCUGGGGCGAAGAUUAUAUCUUGGAGAUGGCACCGGGACAACACACGAAGCCGUUGGCUUUGGCUUUCGACGGUGAUGCUGAGGAGCUAUCCUUUCCAACAAUAUACUAUUUCCAGCCGCGGGAAUUCAAAGUUCCGGUAAUCAACAGCUUCAACUUGAUGUUUCGAAAUGUUCGAGAUUCGACAUGUCCCAUAACCAGAGAACGCCUGGAUGAUCCAGAAUUUUUGCGCGAGACUAUGAAUCGAAACGAAUCGUUCCUUUCAUGCUUGCCCAAUUCUAUACAAUAUUGGCAGAGACGAAAGAAUGAUCUAUUCGCUAUGAUGCGACAGUUAGGUAAGCAAACCGUAUUUUUGACUCUCAGUGCUUCAGAAAUUUAUUGGGCGCCACUGAUGAAGUGCGUCUAUAGAUUUAAACAUCAUAUUCCCGAAGAUGAAUCUAUUGACGACAUUAUACUUGAAGAGAUGACGGGCUCUCAGCGUGCUGAGCUUGUGAAUGGCGAUCUGGUGUUGUGUUGCUUAUAUUUCGACCGACUCGUCGGUUGCAUCGUGAAUGCGAUAAAAUUGAAGAAGGGUCCGUUUGGCAAAUAUAAACUGAUAGAAUAUUUUCGUCGGGUUGAAUUUCAGCAUCGUGGCAGUCCGCACUGUCACAUGUUGCUUUGGCUAGAAAAUGCGCCACCCGACGACGAGAGGAGGUUUGUCAACGGGGAACAUGUUCCGAAAACUAUAGAGUUAAUAGAUGAAUUGUGUACCGCGGACAGUAGCCAAAUCGGUUCGGAAAGAAAGCUACAGACUCAUCGUCACACACAUGCAUGUUUUAAGCGCAAUACCAGGACUUGUCUUUUUGGCGCUCCCUUUUGGCCGAUGAAGUCGACGAGGAUAUUACUGCCGGUUACGGAAGCAGAUAGGAUUGAAGCUUUGAGCGAUCUUUACAAAAGUUUGCGAGAGGUUUUGGAACAGAGUGAGAGCGACGACGAAAUGGCAUUUAACACCAUCGAACAAUUCGGGGCGACUAACAGCAUUGAAAGUGAAGAUGAAUAUCUAAAAAUACAUCGACACGGUAUUCAUCGCCCCACGGUCAUGUACAGACGAUCAAUGCGCGAUCUUAUGACCAGUCCUUUCAAUCCUACUAUUUUGUCGGUAUUGCAAUCAAAUAUGACAUUCAAUAUAUCGUGGAUGAAUAUACAUGUGCGGCUUACGUAG